ACUUAGAGUAUCUAUAUACACAUGUAUAUGUAUAUAGUUCAUAUAUAAUAAUAACAUAUGACCUAUACAAUAUCGAAUAUUAUUUUUAUAUUUUUGCGUAAAAACAAAAACAAAUAUAAUUUAUUUAGGGUUCUACAGUUGCAUGACCGAGAAACGAAUAAAAAACUAUUUUCGUACGAGUCGAAACCGAUAAACGAUUUAAUGGACUCGCGUAUUUGGACAAAAGCCGCGGCCGACCACAAGGUCACCUGGAAAAUCGCCGAUUCGUCUACGAAAAACGUUCUUAUUUUUAUAAUUUUCAGUUCUGCCACGACGAAGGCCGAUUGAAUGAAUAAAAAAUGACCUAUGUGCGCAUCGAUAAUAAUAAGAACACGGAAACGAAACGAACACGUAUUUGGAUAAAUCGUUAGAAUUAUAAAUACGAAUAUGAAUCGUUCGCAGAAGCACACGCUUACAAUACCGAAAACCAGUAGAACAUUGUUGGAUUCUCAUCAGAAAAAAACCCUCGCUAUACACGCACGUAAUUCGAUAAAAUUUCGGCCAUCGUCAUGAUGUCUGCGGGCCCAUCGUCGCUCGUGGUUACUGCUCUGCUGGCACUGCAUCACGUGGCGGCGUUCACGUGCAACGCUCAACGACAAUGCUCCGGUCGAUUGCGCCGGAACGCAACCGACGACGGCGGCAGAGGGCUAACGUGGACUGGCGCUCAGUACCGGUUCGAGUGCGACACGGUGGACGCUUUGCUCAGAGACGAUGGCCGUUACGUGCCGAGAAACAACAUCGCGCUCAGGGCCCAGAUAUGUGGAAACGACUUGUACUUGGCAUAUCCCAGGUUGCGAUCCGGCGUGCCAGCCACUGUGGCCACGACUUGUCUGUUUACUGGUGACGCGUGUGAAGAGGCAGUAUUGACGCCUUUCCCCUGCUUGUCGGUCCAGGAACAGGGUAAGUCGGGCGAUGUGCAAAACGCCGUCGACGUGUACUUGGACGCGCAAGAGGUGCUGUGGAUCCUGGACACGGGCAUUGUGCAGACAUUGGACAGCGACGCCGAACCGCUGAGGACGGGACCGCCAACCGUAUGGGCGUUCGACUUGAACACGCGCAAGCUUUUCAACAAAAUCGACUUGACGUGCUUGACGACGCCGAUGAGUCGGCUCCAGUAUCUGGUCGUGGACUACGACGAUACGAACGGCAAGUGUUACGUGUACGUGUCGGACGCGGCCAACCGUGCGAUAAUCGCAUACGACGUAGUCGAAUCAAAGGGAUCGCGAGUGGUGUUGCCCAAGGCGAUCGCGGCGGGAUGCACGAAACGCGACGUGCUGUAUGUGGCGCUUGUCCGGGCCGAGUGCGGCGGCGGCGCUGCGGCUUUGAUCGUCACAUACCUGUCGGGCAUCAGGGCGUUCACGAUCCGGACCGAAUACCUACGCCAGGGUUCUGCUGGCAAAGUGACCGAUUUGGGCGUCAAACCGGACAGAAUGGUGUUUUUGGGCACGGACGGAGGCACAAAAUUACUCUUCCGAUACGACGCUUCACCCGAUGUGCAAAGCUGGGACACGGCCCUACCGUUUACCGCGGCAAACAUCUCACCGGUCUAUCGGUCUGGCUCCUGUUUCCUAGCUACCCAGGUGAUGGUUGACCAGGACCGAAACCGGCUCAUGGUUCUCGAGUCGAACUUUCCGGACUUUAUACAGAACACUGUCGGCUGCGGAAUCGUGCACAACGUCCGCGUGCUCGAAGGAUGCUUUUAAGUCACGUUCGCGACCCUUUCAACUACACGACAGUCUGUGGAGAGUCACUUGACGACAUAUGCCGCCUGCAAUGCGUAUAUUAUUUCAAUAAAUUGUAUAUAUCAGUUUUAAAUCCAUGGAAUAAACAAACUCAAUUUACCAGAGAUGUAUGAAUAUCGUUAAAUCACUAAAUUUUGAAUAACUCCUUAUAAUAUACCUACUAAACGGAAUCGUUUACAUUCACCAGCGUGUGAACCUAGUGGUAUACUCGAAUUCUAUCGGGAGUAAACUUAGCGUCCGAUGUUAGUGGGACGAAAUUUACCUUGUCUUUUAAGUUCAAUAAAU